UCCCCACACACCGGGCGGUGUAUUCAUUUGAAUGGUGUGACUCUCAAACGCCAGCGGGACCGACACAGAGAAGAGUGCUCCUGGGUUGGACCAGUUUUUCACGUUUUGGAUUUACAAACCCGAGGAGACCCGGUGGGUCUUCACAAAAAAACACACGAACAGUGUCUGCUGGUCAGCGUGUGUGACCACGAGACGUCUUCGAGACCAACCACAAUACAUCCAUAUGGCUUUCUGCAAUCCUGCCUGCAUUUUUCUCCUCAAAAGAACAUGAAGCAGGUGGAUAUUAUAAAUAAGGAAGAAUUAGAUAAAGAAAGGUGAGUCUCUGAUCCACAUCUGUGGGAUUCAUCUAAUUACGAUCACUCACUCGCUCUCUGUCCGACAGAUCCUCUCCCUCAGUCACUGGACCAUUAAGGCACCUUUACUUAACCAUUAUCACCAUGUCUGUGGCUAUGAAUUUAAUGGAUUUCCAGACUGUGACAGCUUUGCAUCGGAUCCAUGACAUCUUUGCUCUUGGCAGAUUUCAAGUCCAUUACGGAGUACAGAGCCCAAGCAAAGCAAAGCGAUUGUCAUCUUGCAAGAGGAAGGGUUGUCCAUUGGUGGAGGUGGGCUUAAAGCUGCACCGCAAAACCUCAGAUGUAGGUCGUGCCCGUGAACCCGGCAUGGCCAACAAAGAAAAUGAGCUGACAUGCACCGAUGACGUGCGGGGCACGCACUACAAUGACCUCCGCGGGCUCCCUAUAAACUCUACAGAGGCCUCCAAGAUGGCAGAGGCCAGCUCCAAGUACAGAGACUUCACUGAGCUAUCAAAGGACCAUGAAGCCAUGACUCACGUCCUUUUCGGAAGGAACCUGCGACUAAAAGUGGCCCAAACACUAUGGCGAAAAAAUGCCAGUGAAUUAGUGGCCUACCUAAUAAGAAUUGAAGACACAGGUGUGCUGCUUGACUGCUUACCUGUCUUCACCAAUAACCUUCAAACUGAAGCACCAUGUUUGUCACUUGGCUGCUGCGUUGACCUCAUGCCCCUAGUGAAAGUGAUUCUUGCCAGUAAAUAUGAAGAGAACAUUAUGGUGGCUUUACACUGGGUUCAAUCCGUCAUCAGGAAAUGGUGGCCAGAACUUUCUAAGAAUGAGAAAAGACUGCAGGACAGUUGUUCAGAAGACAGGAAUAUUGAAGUCAUGAAGCAGAGGCUUCAGGACUUGUGGAAGGAAGGGGCCCGGUUAUGUUCGGUUCCAGGAUCUACAGGAGUACUGGCAAAGGCCAUCGAGUCUUAUCUAUCGCAGCUGCCCUGACGGUCGUCAAUGUGGCUGCCUGAGGAUGUGACCACUACUGCCGGAUCAUGGCUGUGUUUUGAACUGAUAAUGACGCCCAAGAGCGAUGGACUGGUUCAUUCUGUCACCUUAAACUCCACCCCUUACCAGGGCUGAACUUGACAAUUCAGACAACUCCCUCAGUUGGAGCUGGAGAUGGGGCAGAGAGUCACAGAGAAACACACACAGCAAAUGACUGCUUCACAUUGAAGUGGACCUUGUGAAGGGGCAUAUUUAGUGGACCUCCAUGAGACUGGGUGUAACGUCGCUCUAUGAAGUGCCAAGCUCUUCGUCUCUCACUACAUCACUCUUUGCCAUGGAAUUUAAAUGCACUUGUGGAAGUAAUGAAUGCUCGGCUGUUUUAAUGUUUUUUGCGACUGGGUUCUCUGGAAUCAUGAACAUAAAUCUGCAACAGUCUUAAGUUAUUAGAACUCAUCUUGUUUUCACUUUGCCUCUUCAUAUUGUAUUUGAUUGUAUAAUAUAAAUUGUAAAAACAAGUGAUUCUUUUAAUCUUCUUUUAAAUAAAUUUGAUAAAAAUCA